CAUCAUUUAAAUUAACAUAUGCAUGAAAGGCGGUGCGAUGAUACGACCAUGCACUUUUUUCAUGUCGUUUCAUAAGCGCCUGGAAAGCCUAGAUUGGAAAUAUUAGUGGACAAAAACUGCCUUUCUGGAAGAAACACAAGUAGAAUGACUGCCGUCGAGCCCACGGUGGUGACCCAGAGACGCACCAAGGCCAGCGCCAAUGGAGAGGGGCCUAGUGAUGAGACUCGGGGCCAGUGGGGAAGAGCUUGGGAGGUGGACUGGUUCUCCCUGACCAGCGUGGUCCUGCUCCUGUGCUUUGCCCCCUUCAUCGUUUUCUACUUCAUCAUGGCCUGCGAUCAGUACCAGUGCUCUGUCACCGAGCCCCUCCUGGACCUGUACGCUGGCAAGGCCACCCUCCAGUCCAUCUGGAACCGUGCCCCGUCCUUCACCUGGGCUGCCGCCAAGAUCUACACAAUCUGGGUGUCCUUCCAGGUGGUGCUUUACAUGUGCGUCCCGGAUGUCACUCACAAAUUCCUGCCUGGCUACAUGGGUGGAGUUCAGGAUGGAGCUCGUACUCCUGCAGGGCUUAUUAACAAGUACCAGAUCAACGGUCUGCAGUCUUGGCUCAUCACCCACACCCUGUGGUUUGCCAAUGCCUAUCACUUCCACUGGUUCUCCCCCACCAUCAUCUUCGAUAACUGGAUCCCCUUGCUUUGGUGCACCAACAUCCUCGGCUAUGCCGUAUCCACAUUUGCAUUCGUCAAGGCCUACCUCUUUCCCACCAAUGUAGAGGACUGCAAAUUCACUGGGAAUUUUUUCUACAACUACAUGAUGGGAAUCGAGUUCAACCCCCGCAUCGGGAAGUGGUUUGACUUCAAGCUCUUCUUCAAUGGGAGACCAGGCAUAGUGGCCUGGACACUCAUUAACUUAUCCUAUGCUGCGAAACAGCAGGAGCUCUAUGGUGAAGUGACAAACUCUAUGGUUCUGGUAAAUGUGCUUCAGGGGAUCUACGUCCUGGAUUUCUUUUGGAACGAGGCAUGGUAUCUGAAGACCAUCGACAUCUGCCACGACCACUUCGGCUGGUACCUGGGCUGGGGGGACUGUGUUUGGCUGCCCUUCCUCUAUACCCUGCAGGGCCUGUACCUGGUCUACCACCCGGUCCAGCUGUCCACCAUAAAUGCUGUUGGGGUCCUCCUCCUGGGCCUGGUGGGCUACUACGUGUUCCGCAUGACCAAUCACCAGAAGGACCUCUUCCGCCGGACCAAUGGCAAUUGCACCAUCUGGGGCCGCAAGCCAGCCUACAUCGAGUGCACCUACAGCUCAGCAGACGGCCAGGCGCACCACAGCAAGCUAAUGAUUUCGGGCUUCUGGGGCGUGGCCCGCCAUCUCAACUACACGGGUGACCUGAUGGGCUCGCUGGCCUACUGCAUGGCCUGCGGGGCAGGGCACCUGCUGCCCUACUUCUACAUUGUUUACAUGACCAUCCUGCUGGUCCACCGCUGUGUGCGUGACGAGCAUCGCUGCCAGAACAAGUAUGGCAAGGACUGGAAACGCUACACCGAUGCCGUACCGUACAGGCUACUGCCUGGUAUCUUCUAGAAUGAACACGGAGGGAUUGCCACAGCUAAUGUGAUA